CGAUUUUCUAGGUAAUAAUCUUCGAUUUUUUAAAUUUGAGUUUAAAAACUUUUUUUUUUUUUCUUUUUUUCUUUUUUUCUUUCUUUCGACUUUCUCUCCCUCUUUAAAAAUAAAAUAAUAAUUAAUACGAUUUUAAUAAUGGCAACUUCUCAAAGAAAAUCAUAUGUGAUUGGAGUUGGAAUGACCAAUUUCAUUAAACCACGUGGUCAAGUUGAUUAUCCCGUCAUGGCCCGUGAGGCUAUGGUCAAAGCAUUGAUGGAUAUUGGUAAAACUUACGAUGUAAUUCAACAAGCAUAUGUAGGAUAUUGUUUUGGUGAUAGUACUUGUGGUCAACGUGCUGUUUAUCAACUUGGUAUGACUCAAAUUCCUGUCAUAAAUGUGAAUAAUAAUUGUUCAACUGGAUCAACUGCACUGUAUUUGGCUCGUCAAGCAGUUGAAUUCGGAAUUGUUGAUUGUGCUCUUGCAUUAGGUUUUGAGAAGAUGGCAAAAGGAUCUAUCUCAUCUAGCUUUAAUGAUCGUACUAGUCCACUGGAUACUACUGUAUCAUUAUUAUCGGAAACUCGUGGAAUUACAAAUUCACCUUUUACAGCUCAGAUAUUUGGUAAUGCUGGAAUAGAAUAUUGUGAAAAAUAUGGUGCCACUGCUGAACAUAUGGCAAAAAUUGGUGAAAAAAAUCAUCGUCAUAGUGCAAAGAAUCCUUAUGCACAAUUAAAAGAUGUUUAUACAUUAGAUCAAGUAAAAUCUUCACCACAAAUUUUUGGUCCACUUACAAAACUUCAAUGUUGUCCAACUUCGGAUGGAUCAGCUGCUGUUAUAGUAGCAUCAGAAAAAUUUGUUUUAGAAAAUAAUUUACAAAAUCAAGCAAUUGAAAUUGUUGCUCAAGAAUUAGCUACUGAUUCUCCUAAUUUAUUAGAAAAGAAAAGUUCUAUUGAAUUAGCUGGUGCUGAUAUGACUAGAAAAGCUGCUAAACAAGUUUAUAAAAAAGCUGGUAUUACUCCUAAUGAUAUUCAAGUUAUUGAAUUACAUGAUUGUUUUAGCGCUAAUGAGUUAAUUACUUAUGAUGCUCUUGGACUUUGUAAACCUGGACAAGCUCACAAAUUGAUCGAUUCAAAUGAUGUUACAUAUGGUGGUAAAUAUGUGAUAAAUCCUUCAGGUGGUUUGAUUUCUAAAGGUCAUCCUCUUGGUGCAACUGGAUUAGCUCAAUGUUCUGAAUUGGUCUGGCAAUUAAGAGGAUGGUGUACAAAUAGACAAGUACCAAAUAUUAAAUAUGCAUUACAACAUAAUAUUGGACUUGGUGGUGCUGUUGUUGUAACUAUUUAUAAACAAGCCGAAUUAUCAAAUAAAAAUGAUGAUAAAGAAGGUUGGAAACAAAGAUUUAAUUAUAAUCCUGCUAUUGAAUCAAAAGGUAUAACUGAAAAAGAUUUUAGAAAUGUUUGUUCAAAACAAGUUAGUGAAUAUUUAAUUGCUACAGCUAAAUUGUAAAAAUAAUAAAUAAUAAUAAUA